ACUCGCUUUGCUCUCUCCACCGCCACCGCCACCGCCACAAGAAGCACUCCCCCCAGUCUCUCUCUCUCUCUCUCUCUAGAAUUCCGGCAAUGGAGGCGGUGUCGCAGCUCGUGUGCUGCGGCGGCGUGGAGCCCCUCCGCUGCAGCUUCCCGGCCCACGCCUCGCCGCCGCCGCCGCCGCCCGGCCGGUUCGAGGUCCGGCGACCGCGGUCCAGGCCGGUCCUCGCCGUGGCCGCGGAUCCUAAGCCGGUCCGGACCGGGCCGCGCAAGCCCCCGUCGCCGCCGAGCACCUCGAACGGAUCGCCGCCGUCGCCGUCGUCGCGGCCUCCGCGGUCCAGGCCCGUCAACGGCGUUUCCACGAGAAUAGGAGAUGUCUCGCAGGAGAUUAAGAGAGUGAGGGCCCAGAUGGAGGAGAAUGAGCAACUGGCAAUACUCAUGCAAGGGUUGAGGGGUCAGAACCUGAGGGACGCGCAAUUCGCGGACGACAAUGUUCAACUUCGUCUGGUCGAGGUGGAUGAGAGCAGUGAGUUUUUGCCUUUGGCGUAUGAUCCUGCUACCAUCUCUGCUUACUGGGGAAAACGCCCACGAGCUGUUGCUACACGCGCUGUCCAGUUACUAUCGGUUGCUGGAGGGUUUCUCUCCCGUCUUGCCGUGGACGUGAUAAAUAAGAAAGUUAAAGAGAAUGAAGUUGCUAGGGCAAUAGAGUUGAGAGAUAUUGUAACUUCCUUGGGUCCAGCCUACAUAAAGCUUGGUCAGGCAUUGAGCAUUCGGCCUGACAUUCUUUCACCUGCCGCGAUGACUGAGCUGCAGAAACUCUGUGAUAAGGUUCCUUCAUAUCCUGAUGAUGUAGCUAUGACACUUAUUGAGGAGGAGCUAGGUCGACCAUGGCAUGAGAUCUACUCUGAACUUACUUCUUCUCCAAUUGCCGCAGCAUCUCUUGGACAGGUAUACAAGGGCAAGUUAAACGAAAAUGGAGAUACAGUGGCAGUUAAAGUUCAGAGGCCUUUCGUUCUCGAGACUGUGACAGUUGAUUUGUUCAUCAUACGGAAUUUGGGUUUGGUUCUUCGGAGGUUUCCUCAGAUCUCCGUAGAUGUGGUUGGGUUAGUUGAUGAAUGGGCUGCCCGCUUUUUUGAAGAGUUGGAUUAUGUCAAUGAGGGUGAAAAUGGGACACGUUUUGCUGAAAUGAUGAGGAAGGACCUUCCACAGGUUGUUGUACCUAAAACAUACACUAAGUAUACUUCAAGGAAGGUUCUUACUACAGGAUGGAUAGAGGGGGAAAAGCUGUCACAGAGUACAGAAAGUGAUGUCGGAGAACUGGUUAAUGUUGGAGUCAUCUGUUAUUUAAAGCAGUUGCUUGACACUGGAUUUUUUCAUGCUGACCCACAUCCUGGAAACUUGAUUCGUACUCCAGAUGGGAAAUUAGCCAUUCUGGACUUUGGGCUUGUUACAAGAUUAACUGAUGAUCAGAAAUACGGAAUGAUUGAAGCAAUUGCUCAUCUCAUUCAUCGAGACUAUGAAGCAAUAGUCAAGGACUUUGUAAAGCUUGAUUUCAUACCUGAUGGGGUCAACUUGGCACCUAUUUUGCCGGUUCUUGCGAAGGUUUUCGAUCAGGCCCUUGAAGGUGGAGGGGCAAAAAAUAUAAACUUUCAGGAGCUUGCAUCAGAUCUGGCUCAAAUAACCUUUGAUUAUCCAUUCAGAAUACCCCCAUAUUUUGCUCUCAUCAUCAGGGCAAUAGGGGUACUGGAGGGUAUAGCUUUGGUUGGAAAUCCUGAUUUUGCCAUCGUGGAUGAAGCUUAUCCUUAUCUUGCUCAGAGGCUCCUCACAGAUGAGUCUCCGCGUCUCAGGGAUGCCUUAAGAUACAUGAUUUAUGGCAAAUCUGGGGUAUUUGAUGCUGAAAGAUUCGUUGAUUUGAUGCAAGCUUUUGAAAAUUUUAUUUCUGCAGCCAAGAGUGGUGGUGGAGAGGAAAUGAAUGGAGAUAUGGCUGGACUUGGCAUUUUAAGAAGUCAAACGAGUGGUAUCGUUCCACGAUUCCAAUUAAAUGCAUCUCAGUCAGAGGAGCCAAUCCAAACAAGGGCUGCCUUGGCAUUUCUGUUAUCUGAUAAGGGAAAUCUCUUCCGGGAGUUCCUUCUGGACGAGAUUGUGAAGGGAAUUGAUGCAGUCACCAGGGAACAGUUGGUACAAAUAAUGGCAGCCCUUGGGUUGCGUAACGUGUCUCCUGUUUUCAGUAUGGUCCCUUCAUUUGGACUUAUUAAACCUGCUGCACUUCUACCAACUGUAACAGAGGAGGACCGAGUCAUAUUGAACAAUGUUCAAACGGUUCUGGAGUUUCUGACUGCUGGAAGCUCAAUCUCAAGGACAUCAAAUCAGGGUGUGGAUGUUGCUCGGAUCGUCCAAGAGCUGCUUCCGGUGUUGCCAGGAAUCUCAGCUACAGUCCUUCCAGAGGUGCUCAGUCGGUUAUCUUCUCGAGUACUGGCGCGCAUAAUUAGGGAUUCAUUUUUGUAAAUCACUGAUCCUCACUGAUUUCAGUCGUAACUGUGCAUAAAUAUAUCGACAAAUACAAUAGCAGAAUACGUCAAUAGCACAUCGAUUAUGGGAUCGGCUAAUCUCCUUGUAUAUAAUGGCAAGAAGAGCAAUUACAAAUGUCAAUUAGAAAAUCA